AGUUAGUUGAAACAGUAGUUGCAGAGACAUGGUUAGUUCUGCUGACUCUGUCAAGUCAUCUUCUCUCUCGUUUACUUUACGUUAAGAUCUCUUUCUUCCUCCAGAAAACAGAGACAUCCACUUUCCUGCAAACUCAAUUCUUUUCCGUCUUGAACAUUUUUUCCCAUCAAAGCUAAGCCUUUCUCUAAUUUCCCAUGGAAACACACAGAAAAUAAACAGUUAGCAUCACCUAAUUCUCUUUAACAUCUUGUUUUCUCUGGAAAAUCUUCAAAAAAAAACGAAAAACAGAGACACCAUUUGCGAAAAGUCAUUACUUCCCGACUCAGUUUCACUUUCUAAGGGAAACAAAACAAAAUAAUUUGGAAACUCUGUUUUUUUUGUUUGUCUAAUCAGAAACAAAUGUCUUUGAUCAAUAAAGGAGCCACCUUGGCUCUGUUUCUAGCGUUGACCAUGGUGUUCAACGGCGUUUUCGGGAGAUUCAUCGUUGAGAAGAGCAGCGUCACGAUCUUAAGCCCUUUGGCAAUGCGGUCGAAACACGACGCAGCCAUCGCUAACUUCGGUGUGCCUAACUACGGUGGUUACAUGAUCGGCUCGGUCGUCUACGCCGGUCAAGGAGCUUUUGGAUGCGAUUCCUUUGACAAGUCUUUCAAACCCAAAUUCCCUCGUCCUACCAUCUUGAUCAUCGAUCGUGGAGAGUGCUACUUUGCAUUAAAGGUAUGGAACGGUCAAAAAUCCGGUGCAGCAGCAGUUCUAAUAGCAGAUAACGUAGACGAGUCACUGAUAACAAUGGAUUCACCUGAAGAAUCAAAAGAAGCUGAUGACUUCAUAGAGAAACUCACCAUUCCAUCUGCUUUAAUCGACCUUUCUUUCGCAAACACCCUCAAGCAAGCUCUCAAGAAAGGAGAGGAAGUAGUCCUCAAGAUAGACUGGAGCGAGUCACUGCCUCAUCCGGAUGAGAGAGUUGAGUAUGAGCUAUGGACUAACACGAACGAUGAGUGUGGUGCGCGGUGCGAUGAGCAGAUGAAUUUUGUAAAAAACUUUAAAGGGCACGCGCAGAUUCUUGAGAAAGGAGGAUACUCUUUGUUCACACCUCAUUACAUUACAUGGUUUUGUCCUAAAGAUUAUGUUUCAAGCAAUCAGUGUAAGUCUCAGUGUAUAAACCAAGGGAGGUAUUGUGCUCCUGACCCUGAACAAGACUUUGGAGAUGGAUACGAUGGGAAAGACAUUGUUUUCGAGAACUUGAGACAGUUAUGUGUUCAUAGAGUAGGGAAAGAGAUUAACAAGUCUUGGGUUUGGUGGGACUAUGUGACUGAUUUUCACAUCAGGUGUUCCAUGAAGGAGAAGAAGUAUACUAAAGAAUGUGCAGAGAGUGUUGUGGAAUCUCUAGGUAAAAGACAUGAUUACAAUCGUUUUCAUUAUCCCUUUCUUCACAUUUCCGGGUCGUAUAAAACUAUCUUAUUCUCAGGUUUGCCACUUGACAAGAUCAAGAAAUGUAUGGGUGAUCCUGCAGCUGAUGUGGAGAAUGAGGUUUUAAAAGGUGAGCAAGCACUUCAGGUUGGACAGGGAGACCGUGGGGAUGUCACAAUCUUGCCAACAUUGAUCAUCAACAAUGCUCAAUACCGCGGUAAACUCGAGAGUAGUUCGGUUCUAAAGGCUAUAUGUUCAGGUUUCAAGGAGAGAACCGAACCCGGGAUCUGUCUAAGUGGAGAUAUAGAAACAAAUGAAUGUCUUGAAGCAAAUGGAGGAUGUUGGCAAGACAAGAAAUCUAAUGUAACAGCUUGCAAGGACACAUUUAGGGGAAGAGUCUGUGAAUGCCCUGUUGUGAAUGGUGUGCAGUAUAAAGGAGAUGGCUAUACUUCAUGUGAACCUUAUGGACCUGCGAGAUGUUCAAUGAAUCAAGGAGGCUGCUGGUCUGAAACCAAAAAGGGCCUAACCUUCUCUGCUUGUUCGAACACCGAGACAUCUGGAUGUCGUUGCCCUUCAGGUUUCAAAGGAGAUGGUCUUAAAUGUGAAGACAUUGAUGAAUGUAAGGAGAAAUCAGCUUGUCAGUGUGAUGGAUGCAAGUGUAACAACAAAUGGGGAAGCUUCGAAUGCAAAUGCUCUGGCAAUCGUCUCUACAUGAAAGAACAGGACACUUGUAUCGAGAAAAGCGGAUCAGGAAUUGGAUGGUUCUUUACAUUUGUGAUACUAGCUGCAGUUGGAGGUAUCUGUGUAGGGGGCUACGUGUUCUACAAGUAUCGUCUCAGGUCUUACAUGGAUUCAGAAAUCAUGGCGAUUAUGUCUCAGUACAUGCCAUUGGAGAGCCAAAACACUACUGAUCCAAUGACUGGUGAAUCUCAACAACUGAGAUUAACUUCUGCAGCCUAAAAUUCAUUUUUCACUUUUGUUUAAAAGCUAAUUUGCUGUGCGACAACCUCAAGGAAAGUCUUAUUCAAAAGCUAAAGAAAAAAAUUUAUUUUCUUCUUUACUUCUUAUUGUUUAUCCUCAAAAAAAAAAAAACCGACUUCGCUUUUGGUCAUGUUUACCCUUUACCCUACUCUUUCCGUUGUUGUAGAUAAAUAUAUGCUUAAGAAAUUUACAAGGUUACAUUUUGAAAGGAAGUUUGUAUUGAAAGUGUGAACAACAAGGGGUCUCUUUGGUCAUCUGUAAAUAACUGAAAAAAUUGGUUGGGACUUUGGUAUAAAUGAAACAGAGUAUGGUCUUUUUGUCAUGAAUAAAUUUUGAUGUUUUAAA